GCAUCUACCCGCUAUCCUCCACACAACCAUUUGAAAUUCGAAAUUCAAAACACCUCUGAACUGAACAAUACCCAAUCUUGAAUCUUCUUCUUCUUCUUCUUCCAGAUUCGAAAAAUCAAUGGAAGAAGGUAACAACAACAACGAGCUUCCAUGUCCAUCACCUUCACCUUUUCGCUCUUCUUCACUUUUCAAAGACAUUUCUAACUUCAAAACCCCCAAACGCGCUUCUUCUUCUUCUUCUUUUCUCUCUCAACAACAUACUCCUCAAACUCAAUUUUUCACCGCUUCCAAAUCCAAACACACCACAACACUCCCGAGGAGGCCGAGACUCAAAGAAAAUCAUACCAUUUCAACUGCUUCAAAGAAACUCAAAGCUUUUCAACUCGAACAAUCUCACUCCUCCAGAAUCGAACAAAUCAAACAACAACAAUCGCUUAAAUCGUUAGCCAAAUCACUCACUGUUUGGCUUAAUUUCCUUCUCGAAUCACCUGCUUCUUGCGGUUGCGAUGUUUCAAUCGCCGGUGGAAGUCAGAUCGCAGAUGCUUCUCCGGUGACGAGUAAGGGGAAACGUGAUAAUGUUCCGGGAAAUUCAUUUGGAGUUGAUUCUACUUGGAGAACUCCGAAACGACAGAGGAAGACGACGAUGACAACUUCUUCGUCGCGUUUUGGUAAGGAGAAUGUGUCUGCUGUGGAUAUGCAGAAUUCAUCGUUUUCGCGUUUGAAGGAUUCUUUGAAGGAUGUAUGUAGCUUCGAUGAUUUUAAGCAGCGGAUGAGUGUUUAUUUGAGUCUCGGAACUUGUGAAGAUAUUUUCCAUGUCAUGAAUCAAGUCACUAAGACAAUUGAUGAAGGAAGGCUAAAUAUGAAGGCACAUUGCCCGAUCGUGACGGAUUUAGGGUUGAAGGAUAAGGCCAUAAAAGUCCUUAUGUGUUAUAAUCCAAGUUGGCUGCGAAUUGGUUUAUAUAUAAUUUUCGGUGGGGACUCUUUAGUGUCAAAUGGGGAUGGUGAUUCUGACAAAGAUGUUACAUUUUUAAAAAUGGUCAUUGAUAAACUGUUUUUUACACACGAAGGUUUCGCAAAAUCAUAUGCAUAUAACAAGAUGGUUGAAGGAGUUUAUAGGUCUGGUUACUAUGAAAAUUUGGGGAAUGUGAUUUUGAAGAGAAUACUGUUGCUUGUGCUUAUACUUGAUAAAGCUAAGUGUCAAAGUUGCCUCCCGAUUGAGUAUGGUAUUGACGGACUGGACAGUGGUUCCCCUUUAUUAUUCAAAGCAGAAUCUUGGGUUAAAGCAAGUAGUCAAGUGAUCCAGGAAUUUCUGUCAUCUGAUGUAAUGCGCGGAGAAGGCAAUCUUCUAACACAUCUGGUUAUUUUAGGUUACAAACUAACUCACCAACAGGGACCUCUUGUUGAGUAUGAUUUCCGAGUCAAGGAUUUAUUUAUAGAUCUCCAAGAUGGGCUAAAAUUGUGUAGAGCUAUUCAUCUCUUGCAAAAUGAUUCUUCUAUACUCAAGAAAAUUGCAGUUCCUUCUGACACCCGUAAGAAAAAUAUGGUAAACAGUGGUGUUGCCCUACAAUAUCUUAGACUAGCCGGGGUCUCACUACUUGAUGAAGACGGCACAAUGAUUGUAGCAGAUGAUAUUGUUAAUGGAGACAGAGAACUCACAAUUUCUUUACUCUGGAAUAUGUUCAUUCACUUGCAGCUACCUUUGUUGGUUGAUAAAACAAGUUUAGUUGGGGAAAUUUCAAAAAUUCGCGGACUUGGCACGGAACUCAUGACCGGUGCAAAUUCUAGUUCUCUGGAAUUGCUUUUGAAAUGGAUUCAGGCUGUUUGUGACCAUUAUAACUGCCCAGUUGACAAUUUUCACUCCCUUGUUGAUGGCAAAGCAAUCUGGUGCUUACUUGAUCAUUACUUCCAGAAGGAACUUCACAAUGUUUGUUCGUUGAAGGAAUUUUAUGAAAAAAGUGGCAAGACAUCAAUUAUGUCAGUGAAUGAGUAUUCAGAUGCACUGUACAAUUUCAUAUUGUCCCAGAAAUUGACCACAUUACUGGGGAAUUUUCCUGAGGUACUUCAGAUUAGUGAGCUACUUCAAUAUAAUGGUGCUUGCAGCGAUCGAAGUGUGGUGAUAUUGGUUGUUUUCCUGGCAAGCCAGUUAUUUGUCAAGGAAAAAGUGGACAACUUAAAUUUUCAUAAGCUAUUAGGUUAUGACUGCCAAAACACAAAUCGCAGGAACUUGAGGACUGUACAGUGCCAUUCCCGUUCUGAAUCAGCACAAAAACCUUAUGAUUCAGAUGUGGGUGACAAUGAAGAUACGGCAAGAAAAUUCAAGGCCAUUCAGACUUGGUGGCAAGAUAUGGCUGAUCGAAACUGUAUUAUGCAGCCAACUAUCUCUAUUUUGCAGACAUCUAUGACCACAGAAUGCAACACUUCUGUUAGAAGAGAAAAUGCUGCAAGAACAAUACAAUCACGUAUCCGAGGACUGGUUGUACACCGCAAGUUUCACAAGAUGGUAAAUAGUGUUACCCUUUUGCAGACCGUUUUCAGAGCUUGGCUGAAAGUGAGGCAGGAGUCGGUCUGCAUUAUAUUCACUACCGGUCCAAUCUAUGAUUUCUCAUGUGAAAUAUUGAAGAAAUCCGAAGUAUACGAGAAGUAUGUCAUGCUUUUCUACCAAAGGCAUUCUUUUUUGAGGUUGAAAAGAUCAGCGCAGCUUAUCCAGCAAGCAGUGAGGAGUUGGUUCUAUUGGAGGGCUCGACAAGGAUGUAGAAGUCCUGACCUCUUGACUGCAGACACUGUGAAUGCUGCCACUUCUAUUCAGAAAUUCCUUCGUGGUUGGAUGGCACGAUCUAGAUAUAUUUAUCUGCUAGAUCAAAAAGAGAAAACUCUACAUUUAGCCGAACAGAAACUUAUCUUUGAUCUUAAAACAAAGGCAGCCAUUGGCAUUCAGGUUGCUUGGAAAAACUACAUACGUUGCAAGUCUACUAGGAAGGAGCACUUGUUUGCAACUAAAAUUCAAUGUAAUUUCCGUAGGUGGUUAUUGAGAAAACGAUUUAUAAAUCAGAUUCAAGCUGUCAUAAAGAUUCAAUCAUAUUUUCGAAUGUGGAGAUGUGUGAUUGCUAUUCAGAACUUCAAAACCAUGUCUAAGGCUGCUAUUGUCAUUCAAUCUUUUUUCCGUGGAUGGAUUGCUCGGAAGAAUGCUUGUGCUCGUAAGAAUCAAAUUGUUGAGAUUCAAAGGCAUUGCCGUGGUUGGCUUGUGAAACGGAAUUUCUUGUUUCAAAGAGAUGCUAUAGUAAAGAUCCAGAGUGUCAGUCGAAGUUUGAAAUGCCAGAAGACACUCAAUUGUCAGAAAGAUGCUGCACUGGAGAUCCAGCGCUUCAUCAGGGGACAUUUAACCCGAAAUCGGCUAUUAGGUAGUGCUUUAAGGUUACUUUCAGCUGAUACUGGUAGUUGCAUUUCAAGACCAGCUGGCUUAUGUAGUUUUCAACUUGAAGCAUUCAUGUUCGCAGUAGUGAAAUUGCAACGGUGGUGGAGGGGUCUCUUGUUGCUUAAAUUAAUGACUAGAUCGGCCAUCAUAAUUCAAUCUUGUACUCGUGGGUGGAUAGCCAGACGGAAGGCCAUAGUUGAGACACAGAAUAUUAAUGUCAUGGAAGUUCGUAACUGCCAGGAGUAUGCCGCAUUGGAGCUCCAGCGCUAUAUUAGGGGGCAUUUAACUCGAAAUUUGAUAUUAGGCAGUGCUUCUAAGCUACGUGCAGUUGCUGCUGGAUGCAUUUCAAAACGAACUGGCUUUUGUAGUUUUCAGUUGGAACUAUUCUUGUUUCAAGUAGUGAAAUUGCAACGAUGGUGGAAGCAUCUCUUGUUACAUAAAUUGAUGACAAAGUCUGCAAUCAUUAUACAGUCCCACAUUCGUGGGUGGGCAGCUAGGCGAAAGGCGGUUGUUUAUAGGCAUCAUAUCGUUGUCAUACAGUCCCACUGGAAAGGUUACGUUGCACGUCAGCAGUCAACAAAACAAUUAAUGGAUUUGCGCUCAAGACUUCAAGAGUCUUCCAAAAAUGUAGAUGACAGCAAGCGUCUCAUUAACAGACUCCUGGCAGCGCUUUCAGAGCUGCUUAGUAUGAAGAGUCUUAGUGACAUUCUUCAUACUUGUUCAACGUUGGAUUUGGCAACAUGGCAUUCUCAGAGAUGUUGUGAAGAACUUGUGGCUGCUGGGGCCAUUGACACCUUGCUGCGGCUUAUUCGAUUAAUCAGCAGGAGUAUCCCUGAUCAAGAGGUUUUAAAGCAUGUUUUGUCAACUCUCCGAAAUCUUGCUCGCUAUCCUCAUCUGCUAGAAGUGCUGAUACAAAGACAGGGUUCUAUACAGACAAUCGUCUUGGAGUUACUGAGGAAUAAGGAGGAGGGCUUCUUCAUUGCUUCUGAGCUUUUGAAGAAGAUAUGCUCAACUCAAAAAGGCGUUGAGACCAUACUCAAAUCUCCUGCCUUUCUAAAGAGACUGCACAGUCUUGUUGAGGAGCUUACUAGGAAGGCCACUUACCAGAAAAGAAAUGUUCGGGGUCCUACUCCUAGUUCAAUUGUUAUUGUUAGAGAAAACACAGAUAGAAGAUUGAAGGAGGUUACUGAGAUUCUGAAGCUACUAGCACACCCUUGAAGUUUUUUCUGUCAAGUAAUGCUAUGUGCAAAUCAUUGCAUGCAUCCUUUCCUCAUCUCGUGGAUUUUGGAGUGAAAUUGCUUAACAUUCUGGGUUUAAACCAUGUGUAUUACAUAUUUUCUGUAUAGUAACACCCUAAUCCAAGUUCUUAGUGGAAGCUCUUCGUCAUAGUUGGUGAUUAAAAGUUUGUAGAACUGCUUAUUGUCAUUGGUGAUUAAACGUUUGUAUAACUGCUUAUUGUCAUAGUUGGUAAUUAAACAUUUGUAGGUGAGUUUAUCGUUCAAUUUAAUAUGAAAUUAUACUAUGUGCUCAUCAUUGGUAGGUGAGUUUGUAAUUUGUCACUUAUAAGAUGAGAGAAACUAAAUUUGUAGGCUCCUUCACUUGCUCACAGGUCAUUGAAUUUUCCAAAAUGUCCCUUCAUAGAAAUGGAAGAGAUUCUUUGAAGGGUCAUGCUAAA